AUGAGUUCAACAAAAAGUGAUUUUGAAAUAAUUAGAGAAUAUAUUAUUGGUGAUGGUAAAGAUAUAUCAGUUGGUAAAGCACCAGAGGGUAAUGUUAGAUUAGAAAUUACACAUUCAGUUUUAACAGGUGAAUCAUUAGGAACAAACAAUUUUAAAAACUUUUCACUUGAUCUCAAAAUAAAAGAUUUUAAAGAAAAAUUAUAUAGAUUUGUAGGUACAGAACCAAAAUAUAUGGAAUUAAUUUUACGUGAUGAAAAUAAAGUGAAUGAUAUUUGUAAAAUUGACGAUGAUGAUGAUAAAACAUUAGGAUCAUAUGAACCAAAAGAUGGUAUGAAUGUUCAUAUCAUUGAUAAAGAUCCAAAUAAUUUCGUAUCUGAAUUACAAGAUAUUUCAAAAGCACCAAAACCAGUUAUUUCUGAAGAAGAUUAUAAUAAACGUGAAGGUACUUAUAAAAAGUGGAAAGAAGAAAAUCAAUUAAAGAAAGAAAAUGAUACAACAGCAACAACAGUAACAGCAACAACAACAACAACAAACAAUGCAACUGAUACUGAAAUUGAAAUUAAAGUUGGUGAUAGAUGUAAAGUAAUUUCAGAUGAUCCAACAAACUAUGAUGAAAGAUUAGGUAAAGUUCAAUAUGUUGGUACUGUUGAAUUUAGUUCAGGUGUUUGGAUUGGUGUAGAAUUAGAUUUACCAUUAGGUAAAAAUGAUGGUUCCGUUAAAGGUAAACAAUACUUUCAAUGUUCUCCAAAAUAUGGUUGUUUUGCAAAACCAAAAAAUGUUUUAGUUGGUGAUUACCCUGAAGAAGAAAUUUAA